UAAAGUACAGCAGGUACUGGUGAUUACUGGAUGUCCCUCAGUAAUCACAACUACCUCGGGGUCACAGCCUAUUACUUUGAUCCACAGUUGAAACUUCAGUCGCAUGCUUUGACUGUUAUAAAGACAGAAGUGCGGCACUUCACUGACGCUGUUGCACAGCACUUUAUGAAAGUAGCUAGAGAGUGGGACAUUGAACACAAAGUUGUCUCACUGACCACGGAUAGUGCACGCAACAUGAUUGCAGCGGCCAGGCAGCUCUCCUUUGAGCACAUGCCGUGCAUCGCACACAGUGUGUACCGAGCCGUCACGGUUUCUCUAACCAACAGCCCGUUUGACAGCGCAUUGGCAAAAUGCAGAAAAGUUGUGGGACAUUUUAAGCAGCCCAGCAAACCAAGCGGAGCUCGAGCAGCAACAAGUCGCACAUCAUCAGAAGAAAGAGUCACUCGCACAAGAAGUGUCAACCAAUGGAAUAGUACCCUGGAAAUGAUCAAGCGUGUUCAGCGGAAUGCUGAACCUCUGAGAGAUGCACUGGCCCUGCACACAACCAAUGUCGCCAUGCCAACAGCUUCUGAGCUGGAGAAACUGAAGAAGCUCGAGGCUGUGCUGGAGCACUUCAGUUUGUGUCUUGCUCAGCAGUGCUGCCAGCAUUGUGUCAUCUGUCGCGACUGUUGGAGGUCACUUAGGACGACCCAGCUUACAUGAUCAAGUUCAAGGGAACCUUUGCAGCAGACAUGGAGGGUCAAAGAAACCAACUCUCAUGCUUGCACACGAGUCUUCGUCUGAUGAAGAGGAGGACAGUAUUGAGCAAUGUCUGGAGCGCUACAAGGCAGAGCCUCUUACUGGCAUGGAUGACUGUCCCCAGGAAUGGUGGUCCACACAUGAAGGGGCACACAGUGAAAUGGCCCGCCUUGCACGCAAGUACUUAGCAACACCGGCCACAUCAGUACCUUCUGAAAGGUUGUUUUCACUGUCUGGGCAUGUUGUACAAAAGAAGCGAGCUUCCCUGUUGUCUGAAAAUGUCAACAGGCUUGUCUGUUUGAGUAACUGGCUCAAAGCAAAGAAGUAGUAGGCUUACCUUUUAUUGGCAAGUUACUGUUCAUUCUUUCUGAAAUAAGAGGCUGGGUUGAUGAGCCUCUGGUGAAUAAAGAGCAGUAGCCUGACUGCUAUGUUCAAAGCAAACUUGAGAAAAAGAAAGUAUUAAGCCAUGGUUUAACUGCACUAUAGGCUGCUGAGUCCUAGUUUACCUUACAUGUGCACUUUGUAAUUUUAUUUUGUAUUGCCCUGUUUUGAUCCCUUAGAAAGGGCUGUUGAAGGGGCUUUUUGUGUGAGAAAGUUUUUUUCACCCUUUUAUUGAUGGACAGUGUUACAUUGUGUGAAAGAUUAUUUGCUCCAAGUGUGAA